CUAGGUGAUAGUAAAUUUUGAAAGCAUGAGCUGAGCCUGAUCUGUGAAUUUAGGAACUCCGCUAGGUAGCUGCCCGAGUGUUAAGAUCGAUUGGGAAUGUGAACUGAGCUAGGUUUGAGAAGAUGUCCAGCCAUGAUCACCACCCAACUCACUCCGGAGAUAGAGGGCCUCGUCCCCAUCAAGGGGGGCGUGGCAAGAACCAACGUCAAAAGAAGAGAGGUCACGAAAAAGGUCAAGGGAGAGCAAACGAGGGGCAGAGCGAGAUUGACGCAUUAUUCAACAAAACUUUUACAUUUCAGAAGACGGAUGAUGCCUCAUGGACAUUACCAUCUGAGGAUCAAUUAUUCUGCAGUGCUCCAGAAUCAAAUUCACAGACACAGGAUGGCUGGAAUAGGUGCUUGAGUGACCUAGGGUCAAGGUUGAGGUCAAUCCAGGGUCAUCUUAGUGACAAGGACAUUCUAGAAUGGCACGAUCAUACUUCAUCUACGCAUCGCGGUGGUAUGGUCAUGGCUGAACUCAAGACGAGGUUUCAUAUUGAACUUGGUACACAGGCUUGGUGCAAGUUUCAUGAGAUACUCGCUACUAGGCACCUAAUUCCCGACUCAAACCUGAAAUCUGGUACUCUUCAUACCCUUCAUAUUUGUGAGGCCCCAGGAGCUUUCAUCUCAAGCCUCAACCACUACAUCAAAACUCACAAAGACAAAGGUAUUACACAGUGGAAGUGGCUGGGAACAAGCCUAAACCCACACUAUGAGAUGAACACACCUGACAGUACCAUAGUGGAUGAUAGACUCAUCCUCCAGACUCCUGGUUGCUGGUAUUUUGGGGAGGAUGAUACUGGUGAUGUGAUGAGUGCCGUUAACUUAGCUGGGCUGGAAAGACUGGUGCAGGACAAGAUGAAUGGAACUGUCCAUCUCGUGACAGCGGAUGGAAGCGUGAACUGCCAAGAUGACCCGGAGCAUCAAGAACAACGAGUAUUCCCUCUCAUCUACUGCCAAGUCCUUACAGCGCUACACAUCUUAGCUCCACAAGGGACCUUACUCAUCAAGAUGUUCACCAUGUAUAACGCCAAUACAGCUUGUCUUAUGUACCUGCUCAACUGUGCUUUCAAGCAGGUGACAGUUUUAAAGCCAGUAUGUAGUAAAGCGGGAAACUCUGAGGUGUACAUCCUGUGUAGAUCAUAUAUAGGCAGAGAAAACUUACAGCCGCAACUACCAAUUCUGCUACAACACUUCGGCCCUAAUGUUGGAGAGACUCCAAUCUUCAGUCCUACCAAUCUUCCCAGCUCCUUCGUAACUCAGCUCGAGAAAUGCAGCGAGAAGUUCACCAACCAUCAGAUGGCAGCCAUUGAAGAGAAUCUGAAGCUGUAUACCAACAAGGAUCCAUCGCCACGGCAACACAUCGACGGGGUGAGGAAGCACUGUGUGGAGGUUUUCAUCAAGAGAUGUCGUUUACGGGUUGCUAGGAAACCGCAGAAACUCAUGCCAAAUUAUGGAACAAAGACUUGUUCAAUGUUUUCCAGGAACAUGCGGCAUCGCCUCCAUGGUAGCUUGGAAGAAAGAGAAGAGCUAGGACAUCGUUCAUGGAAGGAGCAGCUGAUUGCAAUCCUCAGGAGUCUGCAGGAACAAGGAUCUAAGGCUGAUCUAGGUGAAGAUGGACAGAGGGAGUCACGACCUAAGAGAAAGCGCAGUUCGUUCUCUGUUUCUGACCAAGAAUCAAGGGAGGUUGAACAAUGUGGCACCCAUCAGACAAGCCAGAUGGGUCCAAGACUGCAAGGAGCCAGAGAUGGUCAUUCUUAUUCUGGAAGAGAAUUAGGAUCAGGACAUACUGUAGACACCAUCGGUCAAGAAAUGAAAGAAGAUGACCAACAGAGCUCUGCCGCUCGGUGUCACAAUGAUGGUGGCCACUCUGAAGUCAGCAGAACUGCAAUAGACCAUAUGGAUGUGUGUGAAAAUGAUCGAAGGGUGACAGAAUUGGACCAAACUCCAUCCGCACAAACGAUUAAUUUGACAGGGAUUGACGGCAGCCAUUCUGGAGUCAGCAGAACUGCAGUAGAUCAUAUGGAUGUGUGUGAAAAUGAACAAGGGGUGACGAUAUUGGUCCAAACUCCAUCUACGCAAUCAAGGGUUAAUUUGGGAGGGAUUGUUGGUCAUGUUGCAGCAAUGGAGGUCGGAACUGAGGGAACAUCCAGCAAUAAUUCUUCUGUUGAACACUCUCACUUUGAUCAAUCCCAUAGUGCUUCAGUCAGUCAACUCAAUGUCUUUCAAACAGAGCAUGAUAGACCCUUGAAGAGUGAACAAAGUGUAGACCUAAACCCUCUCGUCUCUACAAGACACCCUGCAGCUGGAGACUGUUACCAUGAUAACUCGCUAAAAUUAUCAGAACCCAAUGGAUGUGUCAUCAGGAGAGGACAGUGUGAUGGUACCAAUGAUAAAAACUUUGGUGUUUCGACAGAUCAGGGUGAUGGCUGCCAUCAUGCCGACUCACCAGAACUGAAACAAUCGGAUGGAGAUUGUGAGGAUGGAGGCAAGAAAGAGAUUCGGCAGAAUGGAGCGCUGGGAGGUCAAAGGUCAACUAUGACUGAGUCUCAUAAUGGCACUGAAUAUGAAUUGUUCACAGUACAAAUUCCAUGGAUUGCAUCAGGAAAAUAUGAUCUAGACAGUCAAGGGUUGUGGAAAAUAGUUACAGGUCACCCAUUGAGGGCGGUGUUCAUGUCACCAUUCUGUCAGAUGCAAUUGCUGAAUAAUUGGAGGAGUGUCAGAACCAAAGCCAAGAUUCUUCAACAUUCUACUACUACACCUGAGGUCAAAGGUCAUCAUCAGUGUGACCUUUCACCCCAGGUAUUAGAGGUCAUUGAAAGUUUCAUCUCCAAGAGAGCUAUUCAGAGUUCGGAUCAAGAGGCUUGGUUCUGCUCAGGAAUGGAGGGAGAGGAGAUGGAGUUACUUUGCAGGCUUGCUGCCACCCACAAUGCUGUCAUUGGUAGCCAUAGUGACAAUGAACCUAAACAGUGGAAACUAGAAGAUCUCCAGCACUUGCUUGAAAGGGAGGCUAACAGAAGAUUCAAGUCCUUUUUCUUCAAGCUUCUCCCAUCAUACAUUGCCAACAAGACAGAACCUACAUCAGCUGAAACCGAAAUCAAGAAGCAUUUUCUCUCUGCUUGUCUACUUGCCAUGAAGGAAUUACAAACAGGUGGAUCCCUCCACAUAUGGGUUCCAGGCCUCCUCACAAGGUUCUCCGUCUGCAUGAUCUAUGGGUUAUCACAGACCUUUGAUUGUUUGACCCUAGUUAGGGGUCAAAGGUCAACUGAGUUCAAACCACCUCAAGUUCUUGUCAGCUGUAUAGGGUUUCAUCACAGUCCUCAGAUUGAAAAGAAUUUUCAGAGGGUGUAUGAGAGAAUGAAGGAACUGCAUGAAGAAGGCAGACAUGAUGUCUUGCAAUUCAUUCCAGUGCUCAGCCUGUUCAAUCCAGACUUUGACAAGGCCAUGACAAGAUUCAAUGAAAGCGUGUUACGUGACGACCUGCUACAUAUUGUGGAAGCCGAGCUUGCCUUGCUUGAUGAUCAAGUGUGAAGAUGUGAAGAUAUGUCUUCCAGGAUGGUAUAAUUUCCAUCCAUUAUCUGUUAGUAGUUUUUAAUUCCUAUGUUGGUAAACUAAAGAUUAAUUUUGAAAUUGUAAACUUUGAUGGUUACCUCAUAGGCACACACACAAGUUUAAAAUAUUUGAGUUUGGUUGAAGAUUAAAACCAAAAGAUUUCUCAUGGUUUACACUCUGUCCAUGAGUGAGAAUGGUGGGGGGCACUCACAGUCCUUAGUGUAAACGCGAUACUGAACAAACUCAAAAGUUAAUUUCCUUGUACUCCUGGGGUUCAACCACAUUGUAUCACUUCUGGUUCUGUGAUUAAGUAUCUGGUGGGACUCUCGCUCGAGAGUAUGAAAAUUGAUACGGUUUAAUAUUAAUCGGUAUGAGAGAUACCUGCCUUCACAGAUUUAUUACAGGGGACCAUCUGCUUUUUAUAAUCAGGUGGGCCAAUUUUAACCAGAAUGAGAAGAAAGAAUAUUAUGUAUGGACCAUGGGCGCCAGGGCAGAGGACUAUCCUUUGCUCAUGGGUGGGGGGAGGGAGACACCUACUUUUGCAUCCCCCCCCAAAAAAAAUGAUUAUCCUCUGCGUUGGCACCCAUGUUAUGGGUAUGUCAUAAAUAACAAAAGGUAUAUGUACAUGUAUUGCAUUACAUGUAUAGUAUUCUAGUGUGUAAUGAAAGAAAUAUUCCUAGAUUAGAUACUUUUUGAAAAUGUAGAGUUAGAGGUGUUUUGGCUCAGUAAAUAAGUCCUUGGACUUUGAACCACAAGGUCUGGGGUUCAAGUCCUAGCCAGCACUCGCAUCCUUUUGCAAGGUAUUGUAAUGCAUUUGUCACUCUCCACUCCGGUGUAGUAAAUGGGUACCCGGUAGGAAGGAAUUCCUUGAAUGCUCUAGCUUCCGACCAGGAUAGCCGUGCUAAAGCCUGGGUAAAAGUAUGCGCUGCUUAGGAGCAUUGUAUCAAGCACUGUCACUACAAUUGUCAUAAUAAUUCACAGUACCCUCUAACAGAGUAACAAGAUUUGCAUGCUGUUUCUUGAAUAUUCCCUAAAAUAUCAAUGAUAGCUCUUUGCUGGUCACUUUCAAAGUCUUUUCCCUGUAUAGAGUCGUAACAUUGGUUGUUUUAAAGUACGAAGAGUUUCCAGAUGUGCCAUGCCGUCACAUUCAAGUACCUCUAAUCUGCCUUCUUCAUGUUGAGAAAGUAUCCCUCUCCCUGCUCCAGUAAAAAUUAAAAUUGCAGAUGUGAUGGGUGAUGGACUGGAUCAUUUCAAUUAGCAAAUCUGGAUCUCCUCUACAGUGUUGUGAAGCCCACCAGAGGCGAUCGUUUUAUUGCCUGAGUCCACAAACAGAGCUCGCUGCAUCCCUUCUGUUUUUUGUUAUCAGCCGUUUUCCUAUCGAUUUAGUCAUAUGCCAGACAUCAAACUGGUGGAUGAUAUAGGGAUAAAAGCUCACUAAGCAUCUUUCGGAUUCCUGUGUGACAGUCGGUUGCCACUGUUGCUACAUUGAUGCCAACUUGUAGCAUUUUUUUCAGUGUCUGCUGACGUCCGAUCUUUUCCAUUGCAACAGAGCUUGUUGCCUCAGUGUCCUGGACAACGGACAUGUCCAGGAUCUUGUGCGUCUUAAUGUCUAUGAAUGUGUAUGUGCAAUACUUUGCAUUAUACCCUGGAGAGUCGCACCUCCCAUCGGAGAGGUCGCUGUAAUGGCUUGCUCAUGUAAUCUCAGCAACUUUUAUGCCUCUGUCUUCCAUGUCUUUCCUCUUCUACUUCUAUGUUCCUAUCAGUGUCAAUGUUCCCCUCUUUAUUCUCUGGUAUGCCAUAAAUGAGCAAGUUCUGCUUCCUGUGAUGAAGUUCAAGUAGGAUAAUUUUCUCUUUCAAAGCUGUGUCUUUUUACGAUCAAUCCCAUCUCUUAUUUGAGGAAAAGUGUUCUUUUCAAACACCUUAAUUUUAUCAGUAUUGAAACUCACAGCAGUCUCCAAAGCCUGGAUUGCCCUUCAGAGCUUAUUUGAGUUAUUUUGUUUCCACUUUGUGAUUGUGGUCAAGGACAACAAGUUGAGCACAGCCAAGCAUUGCUGUGUACCUAAAGUGAAGACGCUUCAGAGCUUAUUUGAGUUAUUUUGUUUCCAUAUUGUGCUUAUGAUCAAAGACAGUAGGCUAGGCCUUGCCAUGCAUCGAUGGGUACUUAAAGUGUAACCGCUUUGGAGUAUAUUUCAGUUAUUUUGGUUCCAUGUUGUGAUUAUGGUCAAGGACACCCAGCUGAGCACUGCCAAGCAUUUGUGGUAAGCAGUCAGCCCGCUACGGCACGAACACUGCUUGUAUUUAUCGUACACAUAUUCAGCCCGUAUGGCUCCUUGCAUACGUAAUUAGCUCACGGUAUACGGGGUGCGCUUGAAAACACAAAUAUAUUUUCAAUCAUGAAAAAUGUACUUUGUCGUCAUUUUGAAUGAACAAUAUGUCAUUUUGAAGAAAAAUGUCGGCUCUUUCACAAAAUCAAAUCAACAUUACCGUAUUUGUACUGCCAGAUGGUUAUAU